UUGAAGAGGUGCUAAACGAAAAUUUCUGACAAACGUAAUUGUGAAGUGGUGGUAUGAUGUAAAUUAUAAACAGUUAGACGUUUUUAUGAUUUUAGCUAUCUGUGCAGCUUAUUCGAAGUUGUUCUAAUUUAUUAUGGAAAGAUUGAUUGUGAAGUAUCGCCGUGUUUGUUAUUCGUUUUUAUGCUGAAGUGAAAUAAUGGCAGAGGACUGUACUGUUGUGCGAUUUUCAAAAGAUCAUUCAACAGCACGAAUAGAAAAUUACAAAAAUAAUGAUUCGCCAGACAGACUGUCGGACACUGUUUAUUUCGGAACGUUUUAUGUGAUAUGUGUGAUUUUCUCUAUAUUUUCAUAUGUGGCUGAUUUAACAUUGGCUUGUUUUCUACUUUAUUUUUACUCGGUAAACGGCUAUGGGGUGUAUUUUGCACUAACGUUGACAUUUGUUGUUAUGCCCGCAAUUAUCCUGACGGCUUUUAAUAUGAGAUGGUAUAUAAUUGACAACGAUGAUGCAUCACUUGGAAAAGUUUCAUUAUGCCAGUGGGUUGUGAGGAUAAUUUUUUUGUUGCUUCAAAUAUCACCUCUACUGAGGUAUAUAGAUACUCUAAUUUAUGGUCUCAAAAGUAGAUAUGCCAGGAUGGAACAUAUGCGUAUGACUUUAUCUAGACGGAUGCUGGAUGAAGAUACCAAUGGAGCCCUUCUGAGACUGUUUCAUUGUUUUUUGCAUUCCGCACCCCAGGCUGUGAUACAGCUCAUGUUCUUAUUAAUGCAGUUGGACAGUAGUGAUGGAAACAAUAUUAUAAGAGAGGAUAUUGCCGUUCUUCAAGCGUGGACUGUAAUAGUGGCCGUCGUUUCUGUAGCUUGGUCGUUGACAUCUUAUCACAGAUCAGUACGGUAUUCGAGGGAUGAUAAGGAAAAUGUCUCGUGGAGCGCAACCAUGGUCGCAUUUUGUUGGCAUUUUAUGAGUACAGUGUCGAGGGUGUUGGCGCUCAGUAUGCUGGCAGCAAUUUACCCGUGGUGGAUGGGAGUGGUGUGUGCCUUACAUUGGGGUGUUAUGGCGAUAUGGUUGGCUCUGAGCCAGACAUCAGCUUGUAGCAGUCAUUGCGAAGAGUUGCUGCUCUCUAUGGCUUUGGGCUUCGCUUACGUCAUUGCCUUCAUCUCGCCAAGAGAUGGUCCCACACGUUAUGCAUAUCUGGUUUAUUACCUUGUAUGUCUGAUGGAGAAUACGGGGGCAUUGGUCGUGUGGUAUUUUCAAAGUAGUUUGGAAAACUAUGCUUACUUACGCUACGGUGCCGCUUUGGCACAAAUUGUUUCGUUUUUACUUGCGAUCGUUUUUCUUCUCGUCUAUUAUCGUCAUUGCCAUCCUUCGACAGCUGGGCGAGGAAAAAUUUUAGAAAUAACAGAUCCAAAUUCGCUGGAACUGAACAAACCCGGUUACAGUAAGUCGUACUCGUCCCAUCACCCAAACUGAUUAUUAAUAAUCUGUUUUCUUCCUCGAAGAGAAACGAUUACAAAAAGAAUUGCUUCCAUUUAGAUGUCGCACGCACUAUUUUAUGUUUGAAAACUUUAAACUUUAAGAAAUUCUACUGUCUAUUUCGUGGACCACAUGUAGAUUACCAUCUUUAUCAAAAAGUUUAUUGAUA